UGAAAUUUUGAGAAGAGGGGAGGAUAGAAUAGGAUUCGAUUCGAAAUAUAAAAUUUUAGAUUUUAUUAGUUUUCGACUAAUAAGAAACUUUUGGUACAAUACAUUAAAUUCUGUUUAUACUAAUUAUUACUAAUCAACGGUCUUCGCUGUAGUAGUUGUCGAAGAGCGGAUAAGAAGCUAAUAGUGACAAUCGCCUCAGUGUCUGUAAUCUAGUGUUCCGGUAACUUGAUAUUCGAUGUUUACUACUACAACGAGAACUGCUGAUUAAUAAACAUCAGCCAUUUAAAUAAUCAAAUGAUUAAUUUUUGAUAACACAAUUAAUACGCUAGAAUUUAUCAAGGAAAGUGUGAUUGUUUAACAUGAAUACAUAUAGCACAAACGAAUAGAAUAGGGAUUGACAAUGGGAUUGUUAACGGAUCCUAGAGCAGGAUCCGGAAAAAUAAUAAAAUUUUUAUUGAAAUGGGAACGGCCACUAUGUUUUUUCUUAUAUAUAAGCGGCAUUGUUUGGAUAUUACUUCUUGCUCUACCCAUAUUCAACGACAAUACCUAUUUUUCCGAGAAUGCUUUAUUGCCAGGAUUAGUUACUAAAGAAAGUAACUUAGAACAAACAGCGAAGCAAUAUUACACACAGUUAAUCAAUGAAAUGAAACGACAUCCUGAUGCGAUGCCAUAUGCAUGGUUGGCUGCUAAAUUAAAUCAACUUCAUUUAGAUGUUUUUACACAUAAUUUCACAUUAAUAUACCCUUUUCAAGAACAACAGUUUACAGGCCAGAAUAUAUAUGGUAUUAUAAGAGCUCCAAGAGCAGCUAGUACAGAAGCAAUUGUAGUUAGCGUUCCUUUUAGACCAAUUCAUAGUAUUUAUUUAGAUACUGCACCUUCCAUUGCUCUUCUUCUUGCAUUUGCUAAAUUUUGUAGAAAGCAGAAGUAUUGGGCAAAGGAUAUUAUAUUUUUAAUAACAGAACAUGAACAGUUAGGAAUACAAGCAUGGUUGGAUGCAUAUCAUGGAGUUACAAGUGGUAAUGAAGGUGUACUUAUAUCUGGAGAUCUUUCUGGUCGUGCUGGUUCCAUUCAAACUGCCAUUAACUUGGAAUUACAUUCAAUGAAGAUUGCAUCUAUUGAUGUUAAAAUAGAAGGAUUAAAUGGUCGACUUCCUAAUUUAGAUCUUUUUAACUUGGCACAAAAUAUGAUAGCUAAAGAAGGAAUUCGACAAUCAUUCCAAAGACGUUUCGAUGUUAAAUAUAAAAAUAAGUUUAAGAAUUGGUGGUAUCAUUUUAAUACGCUUUUGAUGAUGAUUACAAGUCAGGCUACUGGAAUUCCAACAGGAAAUCACGGACUUUUCCAUAGAUUUGGCAUUGAAGCAAUUACCUUAGAAGGUUUUGAGAAACCUGGUCAACAAAGUUCUGACGGAAAUUUUUAUCAAGUUGGUCGUAUUGUGGAAAGUAUAGUACGAUCGUUAAAUAAUUUAUUAGAACGUUUUCAUCAGUCUUAUUUUUUUUAUUUGCUUCCAUCAACAGAUACUUAUAUUUCUAUUGGACUUUACAUAAGAUCUUUAGUUUUAAUUAUUGGUGGAAUAUUUGUGAAAGCAUUUUCUAUGUGGCAAAGACUUCAAGUAUCCGCUACUAUAGAAGAUAAGAAAAAUACUGUUGUUAAACAAUCAAAGGAUGAUGGAUUUGACAUUGGCGUCAUUACGUCAGAAAUAUUGUGGGCUCAUAUUUGUGGCGUUGCGAUUGCAACAUCCCCAUUCGCACUUACUUAUGUUGGUAAAAAAAUGGAUUUUCGUACAGAAGAUUCAAUAUAUUUUGGUUUUGUGGCAAUAACUAUCUUAACAUUAAUAUGGCCAUUUUAUUCUAGAAGACAAAUGAAGUAUAAAAAUGCAGCUUUAAUUUGUGUGAUUGCGUUAGUGGAGUUAGGCACUGUAUUAAUGUGUAUAGCAAUGCAUAAUUUUUCUUUAGCACUUCUUGCUGCUGUAAUUUAUGUACCUUAUGUAUUUAUUCUGCCAAUCAUGCUGAAACAAAAUUUCACCAAAUUUCACAGAAUGCUUUCUUUUGGAUGGAUUUCUCUACAUCCAUUUAUGAUUGCAAGUUUAAUCAUAAUGUGUUACACAUACGUGAAUUUUUCUUCUGAUUCUUUGCCCUUGAUUUUGUUUCGAGGAUAUCGUGCUAUAAAACAAGCGUUUGUUUUCAGUAUUAUGGAUUCAAUGAUCUAUGGCAAUUGGUUAUACAAUGUGACAAUUUCCACGAUGUUUCCUAUUUGGUUUUUAUUUUGGAAUAUUUUGUGUUCUAAUAUACUUAUAUAUGAUCUAUGUUUUAAUCCGGAUGGAACUCAGUUAGUUAUUGCUGCUGGACAGCAAGUUCUUGUUUAUGAAACUAAUGAAGGUACUUUGAUUCAACCAUUAAAAGGACAUAAGGAUGUAGUUUAUUGUGUAUGUUAUGCAAGAGAUGGUAAAAAGUUCGCAUCAGGUAGUGCUGACAAAAGUGUUAUUAUUUGGACAUCAAGAUUGGAAGGCAUACUUAAAUAUUCACAUAAUGAAGCUGUUCAAGCUAUGCAGUUUAAUCCAGUAUCACAUCAACUUUUAAGUUGUUCUUUGUCAGACAUAGCGUUUUGGUCUCCAGAACAGAAAGCAGUUGUAAAGCAUAAAUCAAGAGGAAGAGUAAAUUGUUGUGCUUGGACAAGCGAUGGACAAUAUUUAGCAAUUGGUUUAGCAUCUGGCUAUGUGUCGAUUAGAAAUAAAGGAAGAUUCAACAGAUGUUCUCUGUAUUGCAGAAUGGAACGGAACCCUAUCAUUCUAUUCAAUUUCAGGCAAACCAUUUGGAAAAGAUAGAUCACUCAGUUUUAUCCCUCUUAAAAUGUGUAAUUUUGCUAACGGUCAAUAUAUUUUAGUUUCUGGAAGUAACAAACAGUGUAUAUUAAUGACAUAUGAUGGGAUACAAUUAAUGAACAUUGGUGGUACAUUUUCUUCUUGGGUUUGGAGUUGUGCUGUACAUCCAACUUCUACACAUGUUGCAUUAGGUUGUCAAGAUGGUACAAUAACAUAUUUGCAGUUAGCUUGGGACGUUAUACAUGGAUUAUAUGGAGAUAGAUAUGCAUAUAGAGAAAAUAUGACUGAUGUAAUAAUACAAAAUUUAAUUACUAAUCAAAAAGUUCGCAUUAAGUGUAAAGAUUUGAUACAUCGUAUUGCUGUAUAUAAAAACAGAUUAGCAGUCCAAUUAUCAGAACGUGUAAUAAUUUAUGAACCAUUAAAUUCUAAUGAUGGAAUGCAUUAUCGUAUAUAUGAAAAGUUAAAUCAAGCAUUAAAUUGUAAUUUACUUGUUGUUACUACGAAUAAUUUAAUUUUGUGUACAGACAGACGAUUACAAAGUCUAUCAUUUAAUGGUACAAUAGAAAGGGAAUGGAUACUUGAUGGACUUGUAACUUAUAUAAAAGUUGUUGGUGGUCCAAUUGGACAAGAGUGCCUUAUUAUAGGUUUAAAUACUAGCUACAUAGUGAAAAUAUAUUUAGAUAAUCCUUUCCCAGCAUAUUUAAUAAAAAUUGAGGGUUCAAUAAGAUGUCUUGAUAUCAGUUCAUUGAAAGAAAAACUUGCUGUUGUUAGUGAUCAUGGAGUCCUUCAUGUAUUUGAUUUAUAUACAGAAGAAAAGCUCCAAGAAUUUCAAAAUGUAAAUAGUGUGACAUUUAAUAAUAGUUUUGAAGAUAUAAUGUGUUUUUCUAGUGGAGAAUAUUUGACAAUUAAAGUAGGCAAUUUUACGGAAUAUAGACAAAAAUUUUCCGGGCUUGUUAUGGCUAACAAUGGAUCAAAAAUAUAUUGUUUAAGCGGUUCUUCUAUCGUCACAUUAGAGGUACCUUUAUCGUUAUUUAUGUACCAAUAUAGUGAUAUUGGUUUAUUUUCUAAUGCUUAUAACAUAGCAUGUCUUGGAGUAGCAGAUUCUGACUGGUUUGCUCUGGGAACAGCUGCUUUAGAAAAUUUGGAAUUAAAUAUUGCAUACUGUUCUUUUGCUAGAAUAAAAAAUUUAAAAUACAUAGAAGUUUUAUCUGAAGUGGAAGAAAAACUUAAAUCUGGAGAAUGGGGAAGAGAAGCAUGCAUGGCUACUGCUGCAGCUGCUAUGGGAAAAUUAAAAGAUGCUGCAAAACUUUUCCAAAAAGCUGGUUUACAGCAAUAUGCUUUAGCUAUGUACUCUGAUUUACGUAUGUUUGAUAUUGCACAAGAAUUUAUUGUUAGUGGCAACAAUCAGGAUCGUACAAUUUUACUUCGUAAACGAGCAGAAUGGGCCAAAAGUCUUGGGGAACCUCGUGCUGCAGCAGAAAUGUUUCUCUCAGCAGGAGAUGUUGAUCGCGCUAUAAAUAUAAUUGCUGAAUAUGGUUGGAUUGACAUGUUAAUCAAAGUUGGCAGACAACUUGACAAGGCAGAUAGAGAUAAUUUAACUAUAAUUGCAAAAAAAUUGAAAAAAUUGGGUGCAACUCAUGGUGCAGCAGAAAUUUUUAGUCGCUUAGGAGAUGAUCCCGAUGUAGCAGAUGUUUUAAUAGAAGCUCAAGCUUGGCCAGAAGCAUUUGAAUUAGCUGAAAGGAAUCCCAAAUUGAAAGCGAGAAUAUAUGGACCAUAUGCUAGAUGGUUGGCAGAAACAGGUCAUUUCUCUGAAGCACAAAAAGCAUUUCAGAUCGCUGGACAAUCAGAUGAAUCUGUAAUGGUUUUAAUAAUGUUGGCUAAAAAUGCGGUUAGUGAGAAGAGAUUUCGCGAUGCUUCUUACUUUUAUUGGCUUUUAUCUCAAAUUAGUUUAAAUCUUAAUAAAACCAUGGAUGAAUUGAAAACAAUGUUUUUUCAAUAUUACGAAAAGGCUGAAAUUUAUUAUGCAUAUCACGAAAUACAUAAAUACAUAGAAGAACCGUUUACAUCAUUAAUGCCAGAAGCUCUUUUCAAUAUUGCGCGAUUUCUUUUAACUAAAACUGAAAAUAUUCAAGUAGAAGGAGUUUCAAAAUUUACCAUAAUAUAUACAUUACUAAAACAAGCUUCUUUUCUUGGUGCUAAUAAAUUAAUUAUGCAAUUACUUGAAAAAUUACGAAAAACAAAAAUUCCGGCAAAUCAACUUAGCCAGUUAGAAAUUUCAAAUUUAAAUGCACGAGCUUCUUCUUAUAGAGAUCCUGAAGAACUUUUGCCACUUUGCUAUAAAUGUUCGACGUUUAAUCCUUUAUUGCCUUCAAACAAUCAGGGGCAAUGUGUACAGUGCGGACUAAAAUUUCAAUAUUCUUUUGUAAUGUUUGAAAUUUUACCAUUGGUCGAAUUUGAACUAGAAGAAAAUAUUUCUGAUGAAGAAGCAGAAAAAUUAAUAAAUGAAUCAUUAUCAUCGUCUGAUGAUAUUACAAACAACACAGAUCAAUUUUCUGUCACAUCUGAAAUAGAUCUUUUUACAGCACGUUUAAUGAAAUACGAGGAAAAAUCUAGUUCUUCUACUAUAAUUGUAGGAAGAAAUGUUCUAAAAAAUAUGGAUCCAUGUACAGUAUUAAUUGUUAAUUGGCCAAAACCAUUUAAAACAAAAUAUUUCAAAAAUCUCUUACCUGAUCUACAAAUUACAUGUUGUAAAUCUUGUUUAAAGUUUUCCCGCUAUUCAGUGUUAUUCGAUUUGCGAACUCCCAGUGCCUUGCUAGCAACAAUUUAAAUGGUACCUGUUUUACUAGAAGAGAAUGUCGUAAUUACGGUGGGACACCUUCUGGUAGCUGUGCAAAUGGACUUGUUCAGAAAACGUGUAGUUCCACAACAAAUGUAAAUAAUACAUAUUUUACAAAUCCGGAAUAUCCAACAACUUACGAGGGACAAGGAGGAUGCACAAUAACAGUACAACGUUGCAAUUCAAAUAUAUGCCAAUUGCGCUUGGAUUUCUUGGAAUUUAGUCUUGCUUCACCAAACGCUAAUGGAAUUUGUGAUUUUGAUCAUCUUUCAGUUUCUGGAUCUGGAAGUACAAUACCUCGAAUUUGUGGGGAAAAUGCAAAUCAACAUGCACCAGUAAUAGGUACACGGCAAAUCGCAAAUACAAAUUAUGGUGUAUGUGUCAGAAUGGCCCAAGGAUAUUGCGCCAUUGAAUGGUUUCAAACAAAUUCAAAUUCAUUUACUGUUUCUGGAGAUACUGGUGCAUUUGAUUUUGCCAUAAUAGGUGCUGCGGCUGCAGCACAACAAGGAGAAGAUUGCAAAAAAGACUAUGUUAUUAUUCCAAAUCCAUUUGCAAAUGGUGUCGCACUUGAUACAGAACGAUUUUGUGGUAAUGGUUUUGUAACAAAAACAUCUUUUUCCAAACCAUUUGUACUAUAUGUUAUCACAGAUAGCGAUGAAAUAGGAGAAAUUGAAAAUAAAGGAUUUUCAUUAACAUAUCGUCAGAUACCUUGUGCACCUUAAAUAAAAAAGUAUGUUCUUGUUUCAUGUACAUAUGAUAUAAACAUUUUACACAUUAUAAGACAUAAUAAUCAAUAUUUAAGACAUUUAUUAUUUCGUAUAAAAUUAGUAUUUUUUUAAAAAUGAAACAAUCAUUAAUCAUAGUAAAAUUAAUCGUAAUGAAUGUAAAUUUAUAUAAUUAUUACAUACGUUUAUGUAAUUAUAUAAAUAUUAAUAUUAAUUAUGAACAAGUUCUUCAGAUUUUAACGAUAUCAAAUUUAUUCCAUUAAUUUUUA